GGCGAGGCAGAGGAGGUGCAGGGCCAGUGGCGAUGGGGCUGCUGACCAUUCUCAAGAAGAUGCGGCAGAAGGAGCGGGAGCUGCGGAUUCUGAUGCUUGGUUUGGAUAAUGCUGGGAAAACCACCAUCCUGAAGAAGUUCAAUGGGGAGGACAUUGACACCAUCUCACCCACCCUAGGCUUCAACAUCAAGACCCUGGAGCACAGAGGGUUCAAGCUGAACAUCUGGGAUGUGGGGGGACAGAGCUCUCUGCGCUCCUAUUGGCGCAACUACUUUGAGAGCACAGAUGGGCUUAUCUGGGUGGUGGACAGUGCGGACCGGCACCGCCUGGCCCUCUGCAAGCAGGAGCUCCAGAACCUCCUGGUGGAAGAGGUAGCGCUUGUCAGGGGCCACCCUGCUCAUCUUUGCCAACAAACAGGACCUGCCGGGGGCGCUGAACUCCAACGCCAUCCGCGAGGCUCUGGAACUGGACAGUAUCAAGAGCCACCACUGGUGCAUCCAGGCCUGCAGCGCGGUCACAGGGCAGAACCUUCUCGUGGGCAUCGACUGGCUCCUGGACGACAUCUCCAGUCGCAUCUUCACCGCGGACUGAGCCUGGCCCUGACGGGGUCCCUCCUUGGGGGUGUGGAGGGCAGGCCUGUCUCCCUUCCCUGUCACCCACGUCACUGCUUCUCCUUUGGACUCGGAUUGCACCCUCCAUCAGACCCCUGGGUUCGCCUGGAUAGGACCCUGCAUCGCCUCUGGGGGCGGGGGCUUGGGAUAGGGCCUCGAGAAGGGAGGCUGGGGUGAGGGGGGCCCUGGAUUCCUUGAAUGAGGGGGCUCGGAAAGAGGGAGAGGUACUGGCCCCCCCCUCAACCGUUGUGUUAAGUCUUGCCUGUGUCAUACUAAUAAAAUCACUGGCCUGCCCCCUCCA